UAUAAAGCCUCAACAAAUCUCUCUCUCUAGCUUUCUCUCUCUAAAAAUACACAGCACCAAAUCUCAUCGCGGAAAACCCCUACGUCCUCAUUCUCUCCUUUCCAAUUCUUUCAAUCAUCGCCGAUCCUCAUCCUCAGCCGUCCGAUUUCAAUCACACGGCAAUCGGACCCACUCAUACCAAUCCAUCACGAUCUGAAAGGCUGAAUCCGGUACACACCGAACCAGAUUUCGAAUUUCCACCGUCAAAUCCAUCGGCAUCGAUCCCUACCUUACACGGCGGUAACGGCGUCGAAAUUGGAACGUCAAAUGGAGGAUUGAAUCCAUGAGAAUCUAACGAUGCCGGGACUAGCGCAGAGGAACAGCAAUGAUCAUCACCAUCAUCAACAUAAUCAAUUUAGUAAUGCGCAAUCGACGGUGUACAAUGGCUUCUGGUCGAAGCAUCGGGACGAUAUCAGUUUCAAUCAGCUCCAGAAGUUCUGGAGUGAGCUGUCACCCCAAGCUCGGCAAGAGCUUCUGAGAAUUGAUAAGCAAACUCUAUUCGAGCAAGCUCGUAAGAACAUGUACUGCUCUAGAUGCAAUGGGCUAUUGCUCGAAGGUUUUCUGCAGAUUGUCAUGUAUGGAAAGUCUUUGCAGCAGGAGGGAGCAGGUGGGCAACUUCCUAACCACAGAUCAGGAGCAUUAAAGAUUCAAAAUGAUGGUGUAUUGAGUACUACUAAUGGGUGCCAAGAUGAAGCUCAAGAUCCAUCAGUUCACCCUUGGGGAGGCCUGACCACAACUCGGGAUGGAGCAUUGACACUCUUGGACUCUUUUCUGUUUUCACACUCUCUCAAGGGACUCCAAAAUGUAUUUGACAGUGCACGUGGAAGGGAACGGGAACGUGAAUUGCUUUAUCCUGAUGCCUGUGGUGGGGGAGGUCGGGGUUGGAUAAGCCAAGGAAUGGCGGGUUAUGGCAGAGGUCAUGGAACAAGGGAGACAUGUGCGCUGCAUACUGCCAGACUUUCUUGCGACACAUUAGUGGAUUUUUGGUCAGCGCUCGGAGAAGAGACUAGGCAGUCUCUUCUCAGGAUGAAGGAAGAGGAUUUUAUUGAGCGGCUAAUGUACAGGUUUGACAGCAAGAGGUUUUGCAGAGAUUGCAGAAGAAAUGUUAUUCGGGAGUUCAAGGAGCUAAAGGAGCUGAAGCGCAUGCGGAAAGAACCUCGCUGCACCACUUGGUUUUGUGUUGCAGAUACAGCCUUCCAAUAUGAGGUAUCAGACAAUACAAUCCAGGCAGAUUGGCACCAGACCUUCACAGAUACAGUGGGCACGUAUCAUCACUUUGAAUGGGCAGUUGGAACAGGAGAAGGAAAAUCUGAUAUUUUAGAAUUUGAGAAUGUUGGCAUGAAUGGAAGUGUUCGAGUGAAUGGCCUUGAUCUUGGUAGUUUGGGAGCAUGCUAUAUCACUCUAAGAGCUUGGAAACUAGAUGGUCGUUGCUCUGAACUCUCUGUGAAAGCUCAUGCAUUAAAGGGUCAACAGUGUGUGCAUUGCAGACUUGUAGUUGGGGAUGGCUUUGUUACAAUCACGAGAGGGGAAAGUAUCAGAAGAUUUUUUGAGCAUGCUGAAGAGGCUGAGGAAGAAGAGGAUGAUGAUUCCAUGGACAAGGACGGAAAUGAGUUGGAUGGAGAAUGCUCCCGUCCCCAAAAACAUGCGAAGAGUCCUGAACUUGCUCGAGAGUUUCUUCUAGAUGCUGCAACUGUUAUUUUCAAGGAACAGGUUGAAAAGGCUUUCAGAGAAGGAACAGCACGUCAAAAUGCCCACAGCAUCUUUGUUUGUCUUGCACUGAAACUGCUAGAAGAACGUGUUCAUGUUGCAUGCAAAGAAAUUAUCACCCUGGAAAAGCAGAUGAAACUUCUUGAAGAAGAAGAGAAGGAAAAGAGGGAAGAAGAAGAACGGAAGGAGAGGAGAAGAACCAAAGAAAGAGAGAAAAAGCUCCGAAGAAAGGAACGAUUAAAAGAGAAAGAAAGGGAUAAAGAAAAGAAAUGUUCUGAAUCCACCCAAAGUUCUGUUGAUCCUGAAGUUUCAAAGGAUGAAUCAUCAUUAAGUGUUGAUGAGGAGCCAAAUAACAUCAUCAUGAACAGUGAUUCAGUCAGUGAAACAGGUGAUACUGUUCUGUCUGAGUCUCUUUCUCCAUAUAUUCAAGAUGAACACUUCUUGAAUGGGUAUAUUACUUCGAAAAUGCAAAACCACUCUUAUGAUAGUGCUGAUGGGGAGUGUACUAAUUUGAAAGAUGGCACUGGUUCAUUUGCGAUGGAGCAUUCAAAAUUUUCUCGUCGGAGAAUGAAAUUUAGAAAAGAUUUUCAGCUAGAUCCAGCUUUGAAGUGGUCUGAUAGACGUCGUUAUGCAGUUGUUUCAGAAAGCGGAGCUAUAGUUAAUAAAAAUGAUCUGAGAUUUCAUGGCGAUAAUUUUGAGACUCCUUCCCGGACUGUCAAUGGAUUGAAUAGGCAAUCGAGGAUAAAUGCCACAAAGCCCAACGCUAGAAAUUGUGGCCAUAAGUUUGGUGAGAAGUUUCAUUGUUCAAACAACAGGAUGAGUGACAGAUACGACUCCCAUUCUUGUAGCUGUAACCAACACAGUGAUUACAGAGCAAAGGUUGAGCCACAGCUUUCUACCAUCAGAUUAGGUCGUGACACAAAAUCUGUGAGUAAGUCAGAAUCUGCAUUGGAUAUUUCUAAGCAAUUCUAUCGUGGUAACAAGUAUAGCCAAACAGAUUACAUACGUGAGAGUUGUGGAAGACCCAAAAGCAAGACCAUUGCAGGGAGCAAUCCUCAUGGCAAUUUGCUUCAUACCAAGAAAGUUUGGGAGCCCAUGGAAUCACAGAAGUAUCCCCGGAGCAACUCAGACUCUGAUGUUACGUUGAGGUCCUCUAGUUUCAGGAUUGAAGAAAUGGAAGAACCUGAUAAUCUGAUUAAGUCAUCUGAUUCUACAUUUUCUGGUGAAAUUAAUUGUGCGGAUAAUCAUUUGAAUGAAUCAAGCAACUCUAGCUCCAUAAUGGACACUGAUUGUCAGAAUGGGUUUCAUGUUGGGGAAAAGGAACCAUACUACUCAACAGAAGCUGCUGAUGAGGUAACUGGAUUAUCUUCUAUGACGAACCCCUGCUUGGAUGAGACUUCUGAGCCAACAAUGAGCAGCACAUCCAAUUCUGAUAACUGUUCAUCAUGCCUCAGUGAGGGAGACAGCAACACAGCCUCUUCAAAUCCGCUGAACCUGGAAUCCUCAUCCACAUCAGAUUCAGAGGAUGCCAGCCAACAAUCAGAAGGAAGAGAAACAUCAGUAUGCAUUCAAAAUGGCUUCCCUGAGUGUCAUGAGGUUGUUGUGGAGAAAAAACAGAUUGAAAAUGGAAAGGAGGCUUUUAGAAGCAAGAUGUCGGCAGGGUUUUCACCAGAUAGUGCCAGAAAUAGCCUUCCAGCGAAUGCACCUACAAAGACUGCCCAAAAUCUUGAUAGUGGAAAACCCAAUGUUAGUAUGGGUUCUCAACAUCAAGGCAUGCUUCCUACAAUGCAUAAACAGAAUCUGCAUUAUCCUAUGUUUCAGGCUCCUUCAACAAUGAGUUACUACCACCAGAAUCCAGUUUCUUGGCCUGCAGCUUCUGCUAAUGGAUUAAUGCCAUUCCCCCAUCCCAAUCAUUAUCUAUUCACUAGCCCUCUUGGCUAUGGUUUAAAUGGGAGCUCACGCCUCUGUAUGCAGUAUAGUGCCCUGCAGCAUUUAACUCCGCCGGUGCUGAAUCCAGGUCAACUUCCAGUUUAUCAUCCAAUUACCAAAGCAAAUGGUGUGAACUCAGAGGAGCAAGAGAAGAUUUUCAAGACGGGUGGUGCACAAGAAGCUUUUAAUGAGGCGAAGAAGGAGAGAGUGCCUUCAGCAGGACCUCGUCCAACAGAUGCACCACCAAAUGGAGAUGAUGGGCAAAACGGAAACUCUGCCAAGUUGCAUACGGGAAACCAGAGCUUUUCCCUGUUCCAUUUUGGGGGGCCUGUAGCUCUUUCAACAGGAAAUAAAGUGAACCCUGUGCCUUCAAAAGAAGGGAACGUUGGGGAUUAUUCUUCAAAAUUUUCAGCAGAUCAUGUUGAUGGUGAUCAUGCUUGCAAUAAGAAAGAGACCACAAUUGAAGAGUACAACUUGUUUGCAGCAAGCAACGGGAUGAAGUUUUCAUUCUUCUAAUGUAGUGUUGUUGUUGUUGAGGUGUGAGGUGAGAUGGCUUUUUGAGAAUCAGUCCCUAUCUUCUUCCUCUUAUUUGGUUAUGGAAGUUUGAGUACUACUUUGUAAUGCGGUACAGAAUAAUCUUCCUCUGAAAAGUUCCAAUUUUAGCUUAUAUUUUUCUUCA